CCUGUCACCAUCACAAACUUCCUCUUUCAGGACUUCUCUAUCUAGCUGGACAAAUAAAGACCUUGCUCAGCUUUUGCACAUAGCCUGGAACCUGGAACGGGCAAGCCGAACAUCCUGCACAACUCAUUUAAAGACACAAAGGACACACUUAAUGGACCAGACCUCCCUCGAAUAUUCACGUCGUAAUGGCACCUACAGAAGCUACUAUCCUCUCUACUUUCCUAUUACCGCCUGCUCCAUUGCCUUCCAUCAUCUCUCUGAAAGCUUUCGCUGAGCUUUUUCCAAGAUCACAACAAUCAUCACCACAAGUCAAAGCGCUCUACAGAGACUUACAACAGCAGCGAGCUAAACUUACAGACGCCGUUGGUCGCAACAUUGUAGCAGAGGUCAAGAGAGGUAUUGGACAACGGAGGGUGGUAGUAAGAGCCCGGAGGGCAGCUGAGCAAGAGGAUCAGGACGACGAAGCCGAUGUUGAGAAUGCUCUUUUUGGUUCUUCGUCGAAUUUACCUGUUUCGAAGCCCCAUACUCUGAAUUCGAUUCUACCGGAACUUAGCAGCGCAAUUGAAGAUGUUGAGGACGAAAUCAGAAGACUAGACGAAGAGGCCGAAACGCUGUUUGAAGCCAUGCAAAGCACUGUUGGUGGACUCAGUGAUCUACGAUACGGACGACUUGCAAACAGCCAGCUGAAAGAGCAAGUCUUGGAGGGGUUGGAGAGACUGGAGAGCUCAUGCGAGAAACGAUGAUUGGAAGUGUGCAACGAUUGUUAUGGUUUUACGAGUUGAUACCCCGAAUGAAAUUACGAUUGAUCACUACAUAAUGUUGGUAGCCCUUUGCAAAUCC